AUGUCGCUACGGAACGCGGUCAAUAUUCUCCAGCAAUACGUGCAAUCGUCACUCGAGCAGCUUCCCGAGCCUGCGCAGAACUUCGUGCUGAAUCCUCUGAUCCAGAAGGCACUCGCGGCCGCCCUGAUCUAUGGCGCUGUGCAUCAAGCUAAUCGUACGUUGUCGCACUGGUCGAUCAAUAACUGGCAGAGCGCGCAUCCGUGGCAAGGAGAUCGGGAACUUGUCCUUGUGUCAGGAGGAUGCAGCGGCAUCGGUAAACAUAUCAUGAAAGAUUUAGCUGAGAAAGGCGUGCGUGUGGUUAUUCUGGAUAUCAACGAGCCGGAUUUCCAACUACCCCGCAAUGUCCACUUCUUUAAAGCAGACAUCACCAAGUCUGAGAGUAUCAAGGCUGUUGCUGAGCAAAUCCGAGCAAGAUUGGGCGAUCCCACUGUUCUGGUCAACAACGCAGGCGUUGGCCACGAUGGUACCAUUCUCGAGGAGCCCGAAGCCAAGAUUCGGCAGACGUUUGAGGUGAACACCAUUUCACACUUCCUAAUGGUCCGAGAGUUUCUGCCUAGCAUGAUCCGCAAGAAUCAUGGCCAUGUGAUUACAAUUGCCAGCAUGGCGAGCUUUGUGGCGCUGGGUGAAAUGGUGGAUUACUGCUGUUCCAAGGCCAGUGCGCUGGCAUUCCAUGAGGGUUUGACGCAGGAACUACGGCACUGGUACCAGGCCAGAAAGGUCCGCACGAGUAUCAUCCAUCCCCUGUGGGUUCGCACCCCGAUGACCAAGCAAUUGACCGACGUGGGAGAACAGUUCAAGCAGCCUGUGAUGACGACGGAAGUGGUGUCACAAGCAGUGGUCAAGCAAAUUCUCACUCAGAGCAGUGGGCAGAUGAUUCUCCCUGCUUCACAUACGGCCGCGAGCAUCGUGCGGGCUUUCCCGAUGUGGUUGCAAGAGCGAGUUCGAAAUGUUAGCUCAGGGGCUUUGAAGUCGUUGCGAGAGUUCCAGGCUGCGGGUAAAUUGUAA